AUGGCCGACACGAUGCUCGCCGGUCUCGAGGCCGAUCUCUUUGCUGCCUUCAACAACAGCAGCAACGACGAUGUUCCGAUGCCAGACGCCGAUAGUCCAAUCAAGGCCGAUCCUGAACAACCGCCAUCUCAACAAGCGCCAGAUGUUGCUCCUGAGAAGACUGCGGCUCCGACUGCUCCUGCUCCUCCUCCUCCGCCGCCACCACCGCCCACGUCGCAACAUGGGGAGGCCACAACCACAACCACAACCACAACCACACCCACACUCACACCCACAGUGCCAGCAGCGCCAACAACGCCGGCAACUCCUGCCACUCCGUUAAUAUCUACAGCCGCAGCAGUUUCCUCUCUCCCACCACCAUCGACUCCCGCCCCUGUUCCGAGCCCCGCGCCGAACCCGCUUGCUGCGACCCCAACCACAGCGCUCGAUGCGCAAUCGCCUUCAGUCCAGAUAGAGCAGCUCUUAGCAUCUGCCCAAGCCCAGACGGAUGCCCUCGUGCAUCAGUCUCCAUCUCAAGCGCUAUUACCGCAACCGACGAUGUCUCAACCCCCGGCAGACUCUCAAACACCAAUUGACCCUUCACCGGGAGUCCCCGUUACUGCCCAGAUGCCGAGUGAAGCCAAACGACCCAGGAGCCCUGACCUGGAUGAUGAGGAUAGCCUGGCAAAACGGUUGAAGAUGGAGUUUGCCCAACAUGAGGCGCAACUCGGGCACCCAGAGCAAGCGGGACAUGGUGAGAUGAACGGGCAUGACAUGGCGCCUGUCGACCUGGAAACGAUGCUGAAUAAUGCGCUGGCUGAUUACGAUGUGAACGUGGUACGGACCACCAACCCAAUACCUGCCACGCCCGAAGCUGAGAAAACACGGAACAAAAUCGCAAACUUUACGCGUCACUCCUUUUACCAUAUGCGGUCCAUGAGCCUCCUGAACAUGGGCAGUUUUGCUGUUCAGAUCCUCAUCAGACUGUCGCAGAAUACCAAAGCUGACACCGAUGCACUUCUUGCCCAGACCGAAUCCGAGUUUUACAAGGCCUAUGGUAUGCUCUGGAAUGUGUUUGAAAGCACACGAAAGAUGUACUCAGACUCUCACCUCCUUUCGGUCGACGAGUUGGAAAUCACAGACUCGGAAGAUAGGGAGACGAUCCGCAUGUCAAACUUGGCUUCGGUGGCAGGCAUGGUGUUUGGCUCAGGCGAUGUCACACUGAAAGAUGUACACGAUUCUUUUUUCAGCGUCUUCAUCCCCGAAGACGGCGAAUACAAGGACUCUUUGACCGAAUUGCUAGUUAGCUUGAAGACGCGGCUCUUCUUGGAUGCGCUUAAUCACCAACCACCGCAGCCGGCGCUGGGCGUGUUGGACACUUUGUUUCCUGCUCGGUUCGAUGAGGUUUUGAAGAAUCGCAGUGGAGAUCUGGCAUUGAAUCCGGAUGAGGAGCGGCUGGUUGGUCAGGUUCGCGAGAGAAGGGAAUUGCUGGUCCAAUCGGCCGCUGAUGAAUCUAUCAAGAGUACUUGCUCCUCCCCGUUUGGAUUUCUGAAUGUCGGUGGACUGACAAGAACAGUGUCGUUGGCGGAGCAAUCGUCACCCGAGAGAAUCUCCGAGUUGCUGAGCUUGUUUUUGCAAGGCCACCUGGCUGUUAUAGUUGACUACGCCAGGAGCUACGGCAUCAACAUACCCACACAAGAGGAGGAGCCAGUUCUGGCCACGAAUAUGGAAAUCGAGGAGCAGCACGACAGCCUUGCUGAAACGCUGAGGCUUGCAACAGCGCAACUUCCGAUGGCUGGGGAAACCAAAGAACUCGACGGCGAAGAUCUGUCAGGUCAACAUGAUGACGAAACAUUGAAAAAGCUCAUCGAGCAGGAGUUGGCCAAGGAUUCGUCCUUGUCGCAUGACCUGAGCGGGCUGAUUAAGGACUCUUCCGCUGGACAGCAUGACAUGAAUAGCUCGACUACCGAAUUGGCGAAUCUAAUCGCUGCCAGCCUUCCGAAAAUCCCAGAAGAGCCGCCGCAUGGGCUCCCCACCACCUCGACUAUGAUAUACUCGGGGACUGUCGGAACCGCAAAUCUCGGACAUGCCCCGGCCCAUCCUCACUACAUUGCGCAAAUGAAUCAACAACACCAGGGCCAAUAUCAGACGUACACACAGAGCCCCGCGCCAGCAGCCCCGGCUGCUCCAGCUGCCACGAACGAGAAUGGCCUUCCACCAAAUCAGUCUUUACCCACUGCGGCUCUGUACGAAAAGGCUCGGCAGGCUGCUGUUGCAAAGUCAUCUAAUACGUCGAGGCGCGAAGGCCUGCAUUCGACUCGGAGGCCUUGGAGUCCUGAAGAGGAGAAGGCUCUCAUGGCUGGUUUGGACAUGGUGAAGGGUCCCCAUUGGAGUCAAAUUCUCGGUCUUUUUGGGCCGCACGGAACCAUUUCAACCAUCCUGAGGGAUCGCACUCAGGUCCAGCUGAAGGACAAGGCAAGGAAUCUGAAGCUAUUUUUCCUCAAGACGAACUCGGAAAUGCCGUACUAUCUGCAACACGUCACAGGAGAGCUCAAGACUCGGGCUCCGACCCAGGCAGCAAGAAAGGAAGCCGAGGAGAAGGCGCGGCAGAAUAGCCAAGAAGAACAGGCCAGGCUGCAGACAAUGAUGGCGCUGUCGAAUAUGCAACACAACAACCAGUCCGUGAUGCCCGGCCCACAUUCAAGUGUGCAAGCUCCGCGGGCAAGCCCAACCACCCCGGGCGUGAGCGGGCCUAUGAAUGGCAAUACGACUACGGCAACAUCGGGCGGUUUGCCUCCAGUGCCCAUCUCACCAAUGGUCAAGUCGGAGCCUCAGGAACACCACGGCCUACCAAAGGUUACAUCGUUUCCAUCCAUAGCCCCGGCGCCGGCUCCGAGCACGUCGAUGCAGCCUCCAAGUAAGCCGCAGUAUCAUCACUUGCAGCCACAGCCGUCUUCUCCGCAUCACCAGGCCCAACAGCACCAGGCUCAUCAGCCUCACCAGCCUCAGCAGAACCAAGCCCAGCAGCAACAGCAGCAACAGAACAGACAAAGUCCGCAACAGCAGAACCAGGGUCAGCAACACGCUCAGCAACACGCUCAGCAGCAUGUUCAGCAGCAUGUUCAACAACCUGUUCAGCAGCAAGGCCAGCAACAAGGCCGCCGUCAGACUCAGUCGCAGCUGCAUCAAGCACAGCAGCAGCUCCAGGCCCAGCAAUAUCAGGCUCCGCAGCAUCAAGCUCAGCAGCAGCCGCCAGCUCCGCAACGGCAACAAACGAUGCCACACCAGCCUACUGCGCAACACCAGCACGCUCCGCAAGCCCAACAGGCUCAGCAAACUCAGCAGGCUCAGCAGGCUCAGCAUCAGCAGGCCCAGCAACUUCAGCAGGUCCCUCAACAUCAUCAGGGUCAGCAGGUGCAACAACACCAACAGGUCCAACACAGUCGGCCUGCACAGCAACAGCAACAACAGGCUCAGCAGCUUCAACAAGUCCAGCAAAACCAGCAAGCUCAGCGACAACAUUCUCAUCAGCAGCAUGUUCAGCAAGCGCAUCCUCAACAAUUACAGCAGCAUCAACAACAGCAGCAUCAACAACAGCAGCAUCAACAACAGCAGCAUCAACAACAGCAGCAUCAACAACAGCAGCAACAACAACAGCACCAGGCUCAGGCGCCCCAGCCACCGCAACCACAGCAGCAAACGCACCAUCAACACCGGCAGGCCCAGCAACAAGUCCAGCAGCAGGCUCAGCCUCAGGCACAACCACACCGUCACAUCCCCUCGCCAACAACAUCGCAGCCAUCGCCGGCACCACCACGACCGGCUCAGCCGGCUCAAACGGCAUACCAGCCCCAGCCCCAGGCCUCGACAGCCCAGCCGUCACCAGCACAGGCCUCGCCGCCGGCAGUUCCCGGGCUGCCAAUACCCCCUAAUCAUCAUUCCACCCCUGAUCACCAAGAUCAGGAGUUGUUGGAGUCGCUGCAGGCUGCUCUGGCUGUUCAGCCUAACUAG